UUGGUUGAACGAGGUCUUCAAAUGAUUAUAUGAUAAAUAUAAGAACCAACUGUGAAUACCAGCCAGAAUGUCUAAUACCGCCGUACAGAUAAAACCGUGUGAAACAAAGCAUGUUACCGAUGUUGUCGAGAAUACUAACAGCAUAUACAAAUUGUUCUCGUUCGAAGAAGUAAAAGAAGUAACGAAUCGCGCGUUGAACGACGACGCCACUGUGGUAGAAUAUGCUCUUCAACCAUAUUCCGAAGGCAAGCUCGGAUAUCUCAGCUCUCAUUACCGCCUGGACGUACGCGCCUCGACGAAGAAAGAAGAGACCGUCUCUCUCACGUUCUUCCUCAAGACUAUACCUUUCGAAGUACCCGAACAAGCUGAUUACGCGGCAGAGAAAGGUGUCUUCGAGAAAGAGGCCAAGUUUUACGGUGUUAUAAUGCCGUUGCUUCGCGAGGGAUUCCGCGAAAAGCCAUGGUCGCCCAUGUGUUACAAGGUGACAAACAACUAUAUAGCAUUCGAGGAUCUAGGUGGCGAGGGUUAUUCGACGCGAGACAAGCUCUUUGACGAGACGCUGGUGCGCGCGGGUUUAAAUAGCCUCGCAAGAUUACACGCGGCCUCUUUGUUGGCAGAGGCGCGUCUCGAUGUACCCUUUAAUCAAUUACACCCUGACGCUUUUACGGAGAAAGCCUUCGAUCGCGAGGGGCUGACGCGAAAGUGGAUGGAAGUGGGCUUCGAGCUGGCCGUGGUCAUAGCCAAACGUCAUGGAUUCGACCCUCAUCUGGUACGCGUGGCUUGCGAACGAAUAUAUGACAUUACGGAGCCGUCGAGCACCAAGAUGAACGUGGUCAGUCACGGAGAUCUUUGGGGCAACAAUCUUAUGUUCAAUAACGACGUGCCGCCCAAUUGUUUGCUGGUGGAUUAUCAAUUACUGAGGUACACUCCGAUGGCGCAUGACAUCGCGCAGUUCCUGUAUCUGUGCACGGAUCGUAGUUUCCGAGAGACACGGGAGAACGCGAUGCUGAGGUACUAUUACGAGACGCUAUGUGAGAUCCUGGACGAUCAUGGGGCGGUUCGAAGACCCUGCUGGUCAGAGAUAGUCCAGGGUAUGGAGGAGCAACGUUUGGGAGCCCUUAUUACCGCGGUACUCCUCUUCCCUACUAUUUUGAUGGAUGAGAGUCUCGGCAUGGAAAUUAUGGGUGAUUCGGAGACCUACGCCAAGAUCUGGUUUGAAGACAGGACGGAAUUCGUCUUGUCGAACAUAAAGAAAGACUCGAUCUACGAGAGAAGGAUCACAGAAGCCGUCGUCGAACUGGCCGAGCUUGCUUCGCGACUAGAUCAAUUACCGAAACCAUCUUAAAAAUCAGACGCGUACAAUUGAUGAGUAUCAAUUCUCUCAUGUAUAUUCUAAAUUUUUUCAUUUCGUCGAGAAGCUUUGUAGGAUUAUAUUAUAAUUAACGAAAGACAUUUGUUUCGAACAUUGAUAAGUUUAUGAUGUCGUAACACUAUGAUGAUCUUCAUAUGAAUCAGUGGACGAUAUGUUGUCUUGGUCAGGAAAUACAGUAGAUAGGAAGGAUCAGUCGUGAAUGAUGAGUUAUACGCUUGAUUCGUCAAAAUUCUUCUUUCGGUGUAGCUGCACGUUUUGUCGGCCGUGAUACCUCAUCGUUAUCACUUAAAUCCGAGAGACCGUCUCGCUCUGAAUUGUCAUCAUUGUCUCUGAAAAAUUAGGACAAGAUUAACAUAUGACGGUGUGUGUAAACAUUUAAAUACGAUAAGGAUUUGCAGUUGAGUUAAUUCUAUAUACCUAAAGCUUUCAACGUAACAAUUCUUGUCAACGACGAGAUGAAUGACGAGCACAGCAAUUUCAUCAGCAGCAAAGUGUAAGCCGAUACGCUGAGCAACUGGAAAAAAGAAAAAAAUAAUAAUUAAAUUUGUAUAACUUGUAAUUUAUAUGUAAUAUUGAUUUAAUUUUUUCUGCAGAAUUAUAAGUUGAAGAAGAAACUUUUCGUAUUUUGAUAGAAGUCGGUAACCGAUUAGAAUAGACAAUCGGCUAAUUAAUUUUAAGACUGACGCGACACAUCUCCCAAUAAAAAUUUGUGCAAUUCCCGUAAUCUUCUACUUCAGAUCUAGGUUGAUCCGUCUCUGUCGCAACCCACACGAAUAUUCUCCGUAAUGUGUACGUUUUAGUGACAAACGAAUAAAUUAUAUAUUAUCAUAACAAAGGCACGAAAUAUUUAAGAGGAUGAGUUGAAAAUGAU